AUGGACGGAGGUGGCCAGUGGGUGGCACUCCGAUGGUGGGCUGGUGGCUCCUUGGUGGUAGGGCGGCUGUGUCUGGGCGGCGGCCGAGCUGGGUCGCAGUUUCUGGCAGUGCAGCAAGCGGCGGGAGGUGGCUGGAGCGGUUUCUGCGGCGGCGGCGGCAAGGGCUGGGCGAGGAGCAAGGUGCUGGUAGGGAGGAAGUGCAGUGGCUGGGCAGUGGCUAGGGAGCCACGGCGGCCAAGGUUUGUACUAGCUGUGCGGAGGAGGCCGCAAGGGUGGUGGUGGUCGUUGGGACGGUGGUGGCCGCAAGGAGGUGCCGAUGGGGUUCUUGGGGCCGAGCAGAGUGGAGGAGGCCACAAGGGUGGCGCUGGCCGCAGGGAGCUACCAACGGGGGCCAGGCCGACAGGAGCUGAAGGGCCGGCGGGGGCCGAAAGCCGAGGCCGACGAGGGGCAGGGGGCCGAACUGACAGGUCUAGUCGCCAUACGGCGCCUAGACUGUCAGCCUAG